AUGUCGGGCAGGCGUCUGCUGGAUGCUAUCCAGUUCCUUAACGUCUCCAAAACUAUCGCUGUCAGGCAUCUGGCCAUUCGUCAGCACCAACUCGAUGUCUACACGCGUACUUCCUCCUUGACCAAGGGCAUCAAGGGCCAGGUCGAUGGCUUGGUCCUGACCGCACAAGCCGCCGCCGCUUUGGCGCGUCGAUUCAGUGACUCGCCACCAAGCCCUUCGCCGACCACCGCUCCCGAGCCAUCGGCCGACAAGCCCAUCACCCCCCAAGCUAAUGCAACUACGCCCCCUCCGGAUGUCGCCCGGAAGCUACAACGUCAAGCUGAAUUCCAGGUGCCGGCUUCCGCCGCUCAGUAUGACGGCAAUGAGAAACCUGACGCAUUGAACGUUAGCCAGCAGCAGGAUGUAUUCUACGAGCCGUCGAAGCACAUUAAGCCGGAUCUAUCUGCACUGCCUAGAGUAAAGCUUCCUAAAGCUGCGGGCAAUGUGCAAGCUGGUGUAGGCGAUGGCUUGAACGCCGAUGUCUUCCAUGAGGCAGCAAACCCUGAGAAACAAGCUGCGGAGGAGCUCCCAGAAGAGAUGAUGCAGGGUCUUUUCCACAGUCGAAGGGUUGGUCGCAUGCUCUCGGGCAAGCCGACGUCUAAGCCAACGCCCAAACAACAAUGGCCGCCAGCGGAGCCUCCUCGGCCAAGUCAGCCGACCGAAGUAUCACAGCCUCAAUCUGAAGUUUUUGCGAAGGCUCAGGAAGAGGAGAUGGAAAAGCUGGGCGCCAGUGUCGCCGAGGAUGUGGUGGUACCGCAGGUGACAGAAGAAAAAGUGCCUUAUCAGAUGUUGGAAUCUCGAGUCCCGUCUUCUCGACUUGGUAGACUCUGGGAGUAUGCUGGACUGGGAACCUCGAUGGCAUUUGGUGCCGUCAGUGAGACGAUUCGGCGAGCUAGUGGCAGCCAAGAUACCGGCUCUGUCAUGUUCAGUGCCGGUAACAUGGAACGAAUGGUCGCCAAGCUGUCGAAGAUGCGAGGUGCAGCUCUCAAGUUAGGCCAGAUGCUCAGCAUUCAAGAUUCCAAUAUGCUUCCUGAGCCGAUCCAACAAGUGCUCCAGCGCGUCCAGGAUCGUGCUGACUACAUGCCUGCAUGGCAGCGCGACAAAGUUCUUUCCGACAACCUGGGACCCAACUGGCGAGACUUGUUCUCUUCCUUCGACGAAAUCCCCAUGGCAGCCGCCUCAAUUGGCCAAGUCCACUCCGCCGUCCUCAAAAGCUCCGGCAAGCCCGUCGCCGUCAAAGUCCAAUACCCCGGUGUCGCCGACUCGAUCGACUCUGACCUGAACAAUCUCUCAAUUCUCCUAACAGCCACCCGCCUCCUCCCUCGAGGCCUCUACCUUGACAAGACAAUCGCCAAUGCCCGUACCGAACUCGCCUGGGAAUGCGACUAUCUACGCGAAGCGGAAUGCGGCGCUCGCUUCCGCAGCCUCCUAGCCGAUGACCCGGUCUUUGUCGUCCCCAAAGUCAUGCCCGAAGCCUCCGGGAAACAAGUCCUCACCAUGGAAAUGCUCGAGGGCGUAGCCCGCGACUGGAUCGGAACCCAGAUCAUGCGUCUCUGCUUGCGCGAAAUCACAGAAUUCCACUACAUGCAGACGGACCCCAACUGGACAAACUUCCUCUACAACGCACAAACUAACCGUCUGGAACUCCUUGAUUUCGGUGCUUCGCGCGAGUAUCCCGAAUCCUUCAUUUCGAAUUACGUCCGCACUCUCGUCGCUGCAUCUCGUAAUGACCGUGCCCUUUGCCAGGAUCUCUCAAUGAAAUUGGGAUACCUUACCGGCAUGGAGAGCCAGACUAUGGCGGAUGCUCACGUUACAUCGGUCGUAACAAUCGCGGAGCCAUUCAUGCGCUCUUCGCCUGAUCUAUACGAUUUCCGCAAUCAGACUAUCACGGAUCGUGUGCGGGCGCUCAUUCCGAUAAUGAUCAGAGAGCGUUUGGCGCCGCCGCCGGAGGAAACGUAUAGCUUGCACCGGAAAUUGAGUGGCGCUUUCUUGCUCUGCGCGAGAUUGGGGAGUCGGGUCCCUUGUAAGGAGUUGUUUGCUGAGGCUAUCCGGAAAGCGGAAGCGAAAGGAUUGCAGAUUAAUGCGCGGCAAUGA